AGGUGGCCCAAAUUCAAUUACUUUCUGGCCAGUAACACAGAGACUUCUGGUUUCCAAAAUUCAUUAUUUAACUGCAACUUUGUUAUCACAUGAGUUAUUAAGAUUUUUCUUGCUGGAGAACGAAAAAGAAUUGGAUUGGAAGAUCACUAAUUCACUAUCCAUGAGCUAUAGUCAGGUCAUAGACUUGUUUUUAUGUUAGUUUCUUAAUCCAAUCAGAUAUUCUUCUACUUCUUGCUUCCGCUCAUUCUUAUUUAAACCACCUUUGAGCUUCAAUUGGAAGCCUAACACAAAAACUUUCAAUAAAAAAUGGCCCUCAAAAAGUAUUUGUCAUGGAAAAAUAUCCUCCCCAACUGCAUCAAAACCAAGUACUCAUCUUCAGGGCCUAAAGUUCAUGCUACCAAACAAAGUCCUAGCCAAAGGCUAUCACUUUCUGAUAUUAGCCACCCUGGCUCUUCACUUUCACUGAGCGAUCUUUCAAAUUCUCUUAUAAGCCUUCAUAUCUUUGCCCUGAAGGAGCUAGAAGUGAUAACACACAAGUUCUCCAAGAGUAAUUUUCUCGGUGAGGGUGGGUUUGGACCAGUGUACAAGGGAUUCAUUGAUGACAAUCUCAGGCCUGGCCUGAAGGCUCAACCUGUUGCUGUGAAGGUCCUUGAUUUGGAUGGCACUCAGGGGCAUAGGGAGUGGCUGGCUGAAGUUAUUUUUCUGGGCCAAUUAAAGCACCCUCACCUGGUGAACUUAAUUGGGUAUUGCUAUGAGGAGGAUCACAGGCUUCUGGUGUAUGAAUACAUGGAACGUGGCAACUUAGAAAAUCAACUAUUUAAAAGAUAUGGUCCAUCAUUGCCUUGGCUAACAAGAUUGAAAAUUGCUAUUGGAACUGCAAAAGGCCUAGCUUUCCUCCAUGAAGAAGAGAAGCCAGUCAUAUACCGGGAUUUCAAAACUUCAAACAUCUUAUUAGACUUGGCUUACAAAGCGAAGGUCUCUGAUUUUGGAUUGGCAACAGACGGUCCAGAAGGGGAAGAAACACAUGUUACUACUUGCGUCAUGGGCACGGAAGGCUACGCGGCUCCUGAAUACAUAACGACUGGGCAUUUGACGACUAUGAGCGAUGUGUUCAGCUUUGGUGUUGUACUUCUAGAACUCCUGACAGGCAGGCGAUCCGUGGACAAGACCCGACCUGGUCGAGAGAAGAACCUUGUGGAAUGGGCACGGCCUCUUUUGAAGGACCCUUAUAAACUUGAUGGAAUUAUGGACCCAAGACUUGAAGGACAGUAUUCAACUGAGGGGGCUAGGAAGACUGCUGCAUUAGCUUAUCAGUGUCUGAGCAACCACCCCAAAUCUAGACCAACUAUGAGCAAUGUCGUCAAGGCCUUAGAGCCUCUCCUGUCCUUGACAGACAUCCCAGUUGGACCCUUUGUAUAUAUAGUUCCAACUCAAGGGAAUAACCAGCCUAUUGUUCAGAAGAUUGAAGAAAGAGAGGAAAAAGAGUUAAAAAUUGAAAAAAAUGGUGGGGGAAAGGAAGAAAAGAAGGAGAAAAGUCGAUUGCCGCGUCAAAAAGGUCGAAGGCAUAGACGUCGAGUUAAGCCAUCAAGGUCUCGGGCUGUGUAUUCGGACACUGAUUUGUAUAAAACUCUAGGAUCUAGUUUGUACUCUCCCAAGCAGUAGAGACAAUCAGGCAAACAAGCAUACUUUUAAUCAGAUUGUACAUUGAGGUUUCUUUUUUUAUUUUUUUUUACGUUUGUUUUUCCCUUUCUUUCAUUAUCUGUCUCUUUAGAGAGUCGGGAAAAUUGAUGGAAUAAUAUAAGUUUCGAUUUUGUUUGUUGUCGGACUUAUUGCAUUUUACCAUAGGAGUUUUUUCGUAUGAAAAUAGAAGUUUUUUCCCAUGAAAUACAUGUUUGUUUCUUCUAAAACACAUGCAAUUUGUUUGUUUUCAACCCCUAUAACAGAAACACCGAUUAGCCUAAGCUGUGGGCGAAGGAUGAGGUUUGACGACUUAUUAAAUAUGGAGUACAACGUUGUAUAAUUUUCCACAAUAACUUCAGCAGGGUUUCUAUCCUUUUUUUUUUUUUUUUCUGAAAUAAUUAUAUUCAACACGACAUAUUCCGACUUUUGCUGAACUUCUUAAAAGCAAUUGACUGCAAUUAGUGCAAACAUACCCAACUCUUCUGGAUUGUAUGUGAAAUGUUCAUUGGCUUCUGCUGUGAAACUGUAAGUGGUCAAGGUUCCAUAAUCAGAUUAACUAAAAAAAUCUAGCGUUUGGUAUGUUCAAAGUCUUAUUAGCAAAACCAGAGUUGGUGAAUCCUUUCACGAGUCUGAUGCAGAGUUUCAAAAGCUAAGCUACAAAAUUUUCACUUUGCAAUUCCACCACUCCCAUCAACCCCAUCCUCUUAUUCUAGCCAAGUUUUUAGAAUUUCCCAUUUUGAACGUUCCAUCUCUGGUUUAGAAGUUAGGCAACAUAAGAAAUUGUAAAAGAAUUUCCAGGCAUCAAGUAGACAAAUGAGGCAAGAAAUGAGCAUUAGUAGCAUGACUCGCCAGUUG